CAAGUACACACUUGGGUACUUCAGACUGCCCUGCCCAACUUGCAGGUUGGUAGAGCGCUGCAUACCUUACGUAUGUCCAUACGCACCCAAGUGCUUCCAUUUAGAUAUCCGACAUUAAGCGAUUCCUCACCAUCACUCGCGUCACCAUCCUUCAACUCCAACGGAGGUGCCAGCCAGUGUCAUCCUCACCACCUCUCAUCAUUCCUGACUCCCCGACAACUGACAGUUGAACUGCUUGACUCAUGGUGACCUGUUUGACAUCCUCCUCCUUGUCCACAUUGUUCCAGUCUCCGAUGUCUCUCUCAAUUUCCCCAUACUCGAACUUGAAACAUCCACAAACGCCAUCAUCAUCUUGACACCACGUCUGUCUCCUCGUCUCCGAAAGGCACACAGGCCUGCAUUCUUCCCGCCUUGCGGCGUCUGGAACUUCCAUCCGCUUCCCUACCCAGACGCCAAAGCUCCAUCCCCUAGUCCAUAUCGGUUGCAUCUUGAAAGAACCUCUUACCACCUCUUCCCGCGGCCGUCAUAACCGACCAAAAAUCUGGGUCUCUUGCUUGCAGGUGACUGGCCGAAAUCCCUUCCAUCCAAUUCUCCUACUUCCAGCCCUGGAACCCUUAAUUGACCGAAACCAUACUUCCACUACUUACUGCAGUAGGCCACAUUCUCACUUGCUCAAACAGCUUCAUCUCAUGCCAGCCUCCCAACAUUAACCCUCUCAGCAAUCCCGCAACAACCCCCCUUCCUUGCACCACUCAAACCGCACCCGCAUCCUCAAUUCUGGUCGCCAACGCAUUGAUCAAACGACGCCCGAGCCCUAGCCCGCUCACAACUGCAUAAGGGCGUCUUGCCCUCAACCUCACAUCCUGAUCCUCUUCUCCCCGUCCAACGCAGAGGAGCAAGCCUGAAUUGCUUGCUCGCCGACCAAAAUCCCUCGACCGACCCCUCAUUUCCCAGCAGGAUGCUGAAACCAUCCAUUCACGAGUUGGUAUACCGCAAGACCUUUCCCAGACCCAAGCAAGGCGAUCCUACAUCCUUUUACACUCAUAUCCAGAGACACAUUGUCGGCGAGGUUCGGAUUGAGGUUCAGAUAUACUAUGGAGCAUUGGAUACUCUAGAGGCACAAUACCCUGGUUAUGAUUAUACAUAUCCCCCUCACCGCCGACGCAUGUCGAGGUAUCCAUGGCACCGACGCCUUUUCCGCGUUUUCGACGAACUAGGCCUGACAAAUUCUGAGAUCCUGGAAUUGUGUCAAUGGGAAGGCACCAGAGCUGCCAAGGAGAAAUACGAGCGAGAGGCCCAGACCGAGGUGAGGAGUACCACGCUGGAUCUUGUGGUAGCGGCCCCUAGAGGCACUGGUCCUAGGGCAGUAUUCGAAAAUUGGUCUGGAGAUGGCCCAACAGAAUCUUCAAACGACUCUGAAUUAACUUCGUGUCAGAAAGAGGAUGAAGUGGCUGAGCCAAACCACGACCAACAGCCCUCCGAGCCGACUGCCCCUGCGUCAACGUCGAACAUUCUUGAUCUGUUGAGAACAGCAGUUCAGGCACGGUCCGACCUAGAGGCAUCGGUGGCGACGACUCAAGCCUGGGAACAGUGGUUGAAGGAAGCUCUUGAGCGACAUGAAAUGGACAUUGACACACUUAUGGCCGAGAUCCAGAAUAUCGACGCCGAAAGAAGUCGAUCCGUGAACGAGCUGGAACGCGACCUUGGAUUGUUCUUGACACCAUCGUCGCCAGCUUCUAACCACACCUAUGAUCAGCUUCACGACAUGUUAGAUCAACUGCAGUCGGAUAACACACGACUGGCCGUUGACAAUGCUGCCUUGGCAUCGUAUCUUCGUCGAUCACAGACAGAAGCAGCACGAUGAGUGACCGGAGGACAGAGGGGAAGGAUACUCGGUGGAUGUUCUUCAUGCGAACACCUUGAUCGGCGACUGAGAGCAUUGCUGGGAUCUGAUUCAAACAAAAAGUACACGGGCGUUCAACACAAAGUGACGCGGGUAUGGAUUCAUGGUUUUCUAGCGUGGGCGUUAUAUGGGAUUUGGGAUUAGGACUGGGACUAUGAAUGGGAACGGGAUUUGUGGUCUGCAAAGAUUGAAUGGAUUCAUGCAAAGCCGGCUUUGCUUUUGUGCGGCAGAAACAAUUUUCGAGACGAGGUCAGCCUCUGGUGAGGGCAGGACGCACAUGUCAGUGUCACAUCUUUCGCCGGUAUCAGGCGCAUGCUUUCCUGAGACGAAUGUGUGUUCAGAGGUCGUGACAUUACAGUACGAUCGAUCAAUGAGUAUAAUCAGGCAUGAAGCCUGCUUUUGUUAGGA